GCCAACACCCUACUGCUUCACACUCGUGUCUCUCUCCACUGCUCUGUAUUGAUCUACCAUCCGCCACCAUGCCAGUCAUCCCCUCAGGCGCCGAUUUCCCGCCCCAGCGAGGCAGCAACAAUAACUCCACAUCUCACGAGCAAAGGAACUCUGGUCAAGAGACCCAGAAGGCCUCGAUGGUGGAUCAUAUUUCCAAGGGUCCUCACAUCCCAGACAACAUGCCGCCCAGGGUCCCGAAGGAAGAGAUCGAGGCCCGUAAGAAGGAGCUGAACAAGUAGUGGAAAUAUAAUGAUCGUAAUGAGACAUGGUUACGAUGACUGUUGCUGUAUUUCUUUUUUUGUAAUAUCAUUUCUCCUAUUAUGUUUGUUGUUUGUACUCUUCAUGGUGGUCCUGCGGAUACAUAUUUCUAGGUGGACUAGAUACUACUAGUAAGACCAACCCAUUCAUUGGGCUUGAAUGUCACCUUUUUCUUUUUCUCUA